GGGGAGGGCGGGCGUCCAGGCCUCCGCCGCGCGGCCGGGGCCUCCGGGGCCCGCCGGGCUCAGCAUGCCCGGGGUGAAGCUGACCACCCAGGCCUACUGCAAGAUGCUGCUGCACGGCGCCAAGUAUCCGCACUGCGCCGUCAACGGGCUGCUCGUGGCCGAGAAGCAGAAGCCGCGCAAGGACCACCUGCCGCUCGGCGGCCCGGGCGCGCCGCACACGCUCUUCGUGGACUGCAUCCCCCUGUUCCACGGCACGCUGGCCCUGGCGCCCAUGCUGGAGGUGGCCCUCACCCUGAUUGACUCAUGGUGCAAAGAUAAUAGCUACGUGAUUGCCGGUUACUAUCAAGCUAAUGAACGAGUGAAGGAUGCCAGACUGCCCAGCUGGGGCCCUCACACGAGAGCAGAGCUGCAGAGAUCACCGCCUUGCCUGUCGGCCUCCACCUCCGCCCCAGGAGAGGACCAGAGACCCACCCAGACCAGGGCAGUUGGUGAAGUCCCAACCAGGUCGCGGAGAAGGUGGCCUCCAGGAUCGCCGAGGGCUUCAUCGAUACCGUGCUCAUCAUGGUGGACAACACCAAGUUCACCAUGGACUGUGGCACGCCGACGAUCCACGUGUACGAGCACCACGAGAACAGGUGGCGGUGCCGAGACCCGCACCAUGACUACUGUGAGGACUGGCCGGAGGCACAGAGGAUCUCAGCAUCACUGCUGGACAGCCGGUCCUACGAGACGCUGGUGGAUUUCGACAACCACCUGGACGACAUUCGAAACGACUGGACAAACCCCGAGAUCAACAAGGCCGUCCUGCACCUGUGCUAGGCGGGACCCUGGGGCACUCCUGGGCGUUGCCACAUCUUGGAGAGGAAGCCUGUUUUCCCGUGGAGUGCGAGCGGCAUAGCCUGGUGCAGAGCCGCAGUGGCCUGUGCCGGGGCAGAGCAGGGCACCCACGCCGUGCUGCCACGCAGGGCCGAGGAGGAAGCGCACGGCCACCGUGGGGCUGUCGUGCAGUGGUGUGUUGCUCUCAGCUUCCAAAUCAGUGCUGUCUCUGCUUGUCCGAGAUUGUUCCUAUUAAAGUUUUAACCUUUUAUAAUCUGGAGAGAUACUUUUUAAGGCUUAUGAACUAUUAAAAACAAAGCCCACAUCUUA